AUAACCAGCACUCCCUAGCUAUCAAUAGCUUGUUCGGCCCUUACCCAACUGGGUUUCCGCUAAUGUCAGCCGCACAGACAAGCUUCCAUAUUGGGACCAGCAAUGAUGACCAUGGAGUCAAUCAUAAUUUGUACAUAAUUUGUAAAAAUUCAAUCCUCUCGUUGCUUCUCGUUUUGCAUCUUCCCAACUAUUUUCAGCAACCAACCUGAGCGGUCUUUUGUCUUAGACUAGACGGCGUCUUUCGCCUCAUAUGCCAGCUAAUAAUUAAUUGCUCCUUUGUUUUACUCUUUCGAUCCAACUCGGUUUGAUUAACCCUUUUCCACAAGAAUGCGUUCCUGCAUCCUCCCCCUUUUGGGCCUCUUCCUUAGCUUCGAAGCCGCCGAGGCAGCCACUUGCAACCGCUGCAAUGCCAACAAUUGCUAUCGGCAGGUAGUUGCAAGUGCCUUCACCACAAGGCACGGGAGUCAGGACUGCUCGUCUUACCUUGCUACCACCGUCACUCCUGCCACCGUCACCUUUACCGAGACAGUAGAGGCCACCCAGACGGAGGAUGUCACAACCACGGACACCAUCGUCAUUACCAUCCCCGCUACCGAGACUGACACUGUCACGGCCACCAUCUUGACCACCGAGACCGAUACUGUCACGACCACCGUCACGAAAGUGAUGAGUACUGUCUUGCGUCGCGCCGCAUCCCCAACAAGCGGAGUUCCCGCCUACGCCUCGGGCUGCACAGCUCCCGGCCAGUACUCAAGUGCCUGCUCCUGCAUCGGCGUCUUCCCGCACACCGUCACCGCCCCAACCCCGUCGGCUACGAUCACCCAGACCCUCACCCAGGUUGUGACGAACACCGUUGGCGUCGAGAGGUCCAUCCUGACAACAGAGACGCUUACCGUUUUCUCAACGGUGACGACCGAAGUCGUGGCCACGACAACCACAACGACGACCCAAUUGAGCGACCCAGCACCGACCGCCUGCUCCCGCCCCGCGCUGAAGGUGGUGGGCGGGUCCUACGACGGGCAAUACAUCAAGCUGACGUCUAACGGCGGCUCGGCUCUGGCAGUGUUCACCACCGACAAGAGCAGCGCCUCCACCUUGGUCAUUGACUCGGAUGGCCAGCUCUUCAACCCGGAUAACCCAAAUUUCGGCGGCGUCAAUGUCUACGCACAGGAGAGCGACCGGGGGAUCGGCUACAUCUACUUCGACACCCAGGCCUUCAAUGCGCAGCACAGUGUGUACCCGGUGAUCUGCUCCACCGACCCUGUCACCCUCUAUCUUUCAUGCGCGUGGUUGGGGGCCACAGUUCUGCAGGAGUUUAACGGCUAUCUUAGCCUGGGUGCUACUAGUUCGGAAGCCCAUCCUCUAGUACUACAGGCUAGUUGCGUGUAGGGACAAGGCAACGACUCUUACCCAGCUUCUUGUGCAGGUCGUCCAUCGACGGACGUCCUUGCGUGGCAACCAGGCGCAUCACAGAGGGGCCGAGUGCGUAUGUUGUUAAUAAAUGGACCUUCUAGAGUCCGCCCCAUUUUUCUCAAUUAAAUCCGCACAACUCAAACCCAUCUUCGUCACAAGGCACCCAAAGCGUCAAAUUUCCCGUAAUCACCUCCAUCGCCUCCUCAAUCCCCGCGGCAACGCCCUCCACCUCCACCCUCACCGCAACCCCCGCACCGCUUCCCUCCUCCCCCCCACCCACCGCUGCAGGCACCACCUUCGCGACCACCACCUCCCCCAGCGCGAUCGUCUCGUUGCGUAUCCUCCCAAGCGCCUCCACCAGGUCGCGCACGUAGUUGAGCUUGACGAAGAUGGGUCGCGCCCCCGCAAUACCCGCCAGCACGGCGUUGGCG